AUGGCGAACUGUUGGCCACGUGCAAGUGGCCACGUAAAUACACGUGGCGGAUCAAUAUGUACUAUUAAGCCUAAAUUGGGAUUAUCCGCUAAGAAUUACGGUAGAGCAGUUUAUGAAUGUCUCCGCGGUGGGCUUGAUUUUACCAAAGAUGAUGAGAACGUGAAUUCCCAACCAUUUAUGCGUUGGAGAGACCGUUUCCUAUUUUGUGCCGAAGCAAUUUAUAAAGCGCAGGCUGAAACAGGUGAAAUCAAAGGGCAUUACUUGAAUGCUACUGCAGGUACAUGCGAAGAAAUGAUGAAAAGGGCUGUAUUUGCCAGAGAAUUGGGAGUUCCUAUCAUCAAAAUCGGUGCUGGAAUAAUCUGCACCUUUCAGGUCUUCUAUAUAAAGAGAGCAUGGGUGAUGGGUCUUGUUUAA